GUUUGAAGCAAUAUCAGCAGAAAAAGUAUCAUCUUCAUUGAGAUUGGCAACAAAUUGUGCAUUCAGAAUUUUAAAGGAGCAUAAAUAUACCAGUCUGGUUCAGGCAUCAAAAAGAAACUGAAGAGGGAAACCGUAAUAAAAGACUGGUGAAGUUGGUCAAAGCUGCCGUUAGGAGAAAAGUGUGGUUUUACUUCAAUGAAUAUCUGAAACUGGCAGAAUUCUGAAUGAAAUUCCUACUUUCAAGAGGACAGUUAUAUACAAGUUACAUCAAUAUGGCUCCUAUGAGGAACAAGUGGAAGAAGACAGCAAUACAGAGGUUACCAACCUCAGGAGAACCAUUUGAUGGGCCAGUAGGAUCCCUUGUAUGGGGAAGAAUUCCUGGGCAGCCCUGGUGGCCAGGCAUAACAGUUGAUGGGCAGGACUGUGGCAUGCCAGAUAUCUCAUCUGACCACAAGUGGGUCUUUUGGCUAGAAGAUCGCCGUGUAUCUAAGGUACAAAGUAAAUGGGUGCAACACUUCAAGGAUCGUUACAGUCUAUACUUUGACUCUACCAGAAAAGGUAAAAUAUAUGAGUCAGCAGUAGUACAGGCUAUAAAGGUGUAUGCAAAACAUCUGGGUCAUGAGUCAGGGAAGUGGACAAAUAAACAAGCACUGAAAUGGGCAGAUGGUGGCUUCCAACAAAAUGGUGUCAGGAAAGUGGAAGGUGUUACACCAGUACCUUUGUCUCAUGUGAUACAAGAUGACCUACAGUUAAUCAGAAAGUGUGUAGAACGUAGCAAACAGAAUAAUGGAUCUUCACCAAUCAAAAAUUCUGUACAACAUGGCAAGCAGAAUAAUGAACCUUCACGAAAAAGGAGAUCUUCAAUAUCCAGUGUAUCAGAAUUAAAGACAGAUGUCCAAUAUGAUGAUUUGGCAAAGGUGAAGAGUGGCGAAAUGUCCAUAAGAAGACUCUGCCUUGGAUGCAAAUCUGCAGAAGUAAAAAUUGUUGGAGAGCAUCCAUAUUUUGAAGGGUCACUAUGCAAGAUUUGUAUGGAAGCUCUAAAAAAACAUUGCUUUGAAUUUGGUGAUGAUGGCAUACAUACACAUUGUGCUAUUUGCAGUAGAGCUGGUAGAGUUUAUGUUUGCGACAGGCCAGGGUGCUGCAAAGUAUACUGCACUCCUUGCAUUGAAGUGCUGGCUGCAGAAGGGGCAAAGAUGUUGAUAGAAAAAAUGCAACCAUGGCAGUGUUUCUUAUGCAGUGAUGUAAGGCCAACUGUAAAUGGAAUCAUAACGCCAAGACAUGAGUCUGUUAUCCUGAGCAGAAUCACUGCCCUCUUCUCGUUGGAUAAAAUACCCUUGUUCUGUGGGGAUGACUUACCCCUCUCAGAGGAUGGACUACCUCUUGUAUCAAGUAAUCGCAAAAAUGGCUUGAGGGUGUUAUCUCUAUUUGAUGGAAUAAGUACAGGAUUGUUCGCUCUUGAUAAAUUGCAGAUAGAAGUUGAAAAAUAUUACGCGUCAGAAGUGGAUGGAGAUGCUAUUAAUGUAAGCAAACUUAAUUUUAAGGACAAGAUUGAAUAUGUUGGACCUGUAGAAACCCUGAAUCUACGAAAGCUGAAGGCUCUUGGACGCAUAGAUUUGCUCUUGGGUGGUUCCCCAUGUACUGAACUAAGUCUGGCAAACCCUGUUCGUAAAGGGCUCUUUGACACAGACGCGUCUGGUUCACUGUUUUUUGAAUACUUUCGCGUUUUGGUGACCCUCAGAAUGUUGCAAGGCAACUGCAUGUACUGGCUAUUUGAAAACACUGCUGCAAUGCCCUGCAGCAUGAAAGCUACCAUAAGCAGGUAUCUGGGCCGUAACCCAACUGUUUUCGAUGCUGCAUGGUUAUCAGCACAACACCGAACACGUUUGUUUUGGGGCAACAUUCCAGGUUGGGGAAAAAAGGUUGCUAAAUGCAAUGUGAAGCUGGAUGACUGUCUGAUACCAGGCUUGAAUAGGAUUGCCGCAGUUGAUAUGAUACGGACAGUAACAACAAACUCUAAUUCUCUACGUCAGGGCAAGACAAUGACACAUCCUGUGAGAAUGAAUGGGAAGGAAGACACACUGUGGAUAACUGAAUUGGAAAGAGUCUUUGGUUUUGAAACCCAUUACACAGACACUGGUAACCUCGGGAUAAGCAAACGACAACAACUUCUAGGCAGAGCAUGGAGUGUACAUGUAGCUGUACACCUCAUGAAACCACUUCAAUCAGUGUUUAAGAAGAGAAAUACAAAACAAGGAUACAGAAGGGUGAUCAUAUAGUUAAAGAAGCUAAACUCUUUACUGAGGAAAGUGAAAUUAUAGGGAGAUGGAGGAAAGAAAUAUGUAAAACACAGAAGUGACCAGAUAAUUAAAUCAGCUGAACUCACAGUUCAUAAAAAUGUUCAUCCUGAUGGAUACCCGGAGUAUCUGAAAAUGUUUGAAAUACAUCAUUUUCAAGUCUAUCUUAACAUCUACUUACUUUUAUUUUUCUGUGGCGCUAAGAUUUAAAAAUGAAUAUGUAUAGCAGCCAUUUGCUCUUUUUAACACUUUGCGGACCACGCAUGCAUUAAUACGUUUUUCGCUUUUAAACGUGGUGGACCGGUCACAUAUUAAUACGUUUUUAGAACACGAUAAGUUGCAACACACUAUACAUCGCUCUGGCACCACCCAGCUUGCAGGUAGCUGCCUGCAGCUGCAUGAUAAGCCUCUGGAAUGUUUGCUGACUAAUCAGUUACGUGAACUCUCUGUAACUGUAUGCCCCUGCAAAGGAAAAUAAAUGCCUUUUAUUUCUUCAAGCUGUACGUAGCAAGCUGUCAGUGAGUAGUGCAAUAUGUGAACAUAUAAUACUGGGAAACUGACAAAGUAUGGCCUACAUGUUCGUGUAUUUACUGAAAGCACUUCAGGCUAUAUUGGAAAUUUAAAAUUUUAUUCUGG